AUGAUCCUGGAAAUCUUGGUGCCCAAUCCAAUCUACAACACUAGCAGCAUCAGAUUCUCGCCCAUAUUCCUGGUCGGCUGUAGCAUUGCGACGCUCGGCGGUUUCAUCCGUUACAAAUGCUAUCGCGAACUUGGACGCCUCUUCACGUAUGAGGUCACGAUCCAGCAGAACCAUCAGCUCGUUACGACUGGACCGUACGCAUACGUGCGCCACCCGAGCUACGCAAGCGUCAUUGCAUCUUGGGCCGGGAUGGCUGUCUGCUUGGCUAGUCCUGGCUCGUGGCUGAAGGAGUGUGGGGUGUUAAAAACGUUGGCCGGAAAGACUGCGGCGUGGCUGUAUGUGGGAUACGGUGUAUGGGGAACCGUAACAGCUGUGGCUCGUACUUCUUUAGAAGACAGGCUGAUGAAGGAACAGUUUGGAGGAGAAUGGAACAAGUGGGCACAGAAUGUUCCAUACAGGUUGAUACCACGAGUAGUCCUUUCUAAGUUGUUCGCCAAUGCUCCUUCACGGACGGGAAUGCAUGAAGAACACUGGGAAGGCGAGAUUACGUGCGACCGCACGCAAGGUGAGGAAAUGCUCAGCCAGUGCUAUCGCCAGGGGAUAGUCGGGGCCCGUGAAUGCGUACUAGACAUUAUUGAUCCAGUUCGCACCUGA